CCACACCAGACAACAUGAUCGCCGCCCUCGUCCUCGCUGUCGUCGUCGCAGUUGCUCAAGGCUGCCCAGACAGAUAUUCAAGUGUUGGAACAAUGUGCGUGCACCCGCAUCGCAUACAGUCGACAUAUGCUGAAGCUUACAGCCUCUGCCGUUUAAUGAGGAGCCAGGUGGCUGCCCCUACCACAGACGCCGAUAAGCUCGCUCUGUCCACAUUCCUCCAAACAUUGAACCUUAAUGACAGCUUCUACGUCAAAGGUUCAGCCGGCCUAGGUCUUUGCAGUAUCUUCGUCAAAGGAGAAGGGUAUGAACAACAGUCAACCAAGUGUGAGAACGCCAAUUACUUUGUUUGCCAGAAAAGUUGAACUUUCAAAUAAAGAAUAAACAAAUAAUAAUAUACUCUU